CAACAGAAGGUAUCAGGUUGACAGCUCUGAAUGACAGCAGCCUAGACUUGUCUAUGGACAGUGAUAACAGCACAUCUGUGCCUUCGCCUACUAGUGCUAUGAAGACGAGUCCGCUGAACAGUUCUGGAAGUUCUCAGGGCAGAAGCAGUCCUGCGCCAGCUGUAACAGCAGCAUCUGUGACCAACAUACAGGUUUCUGAAGUCACUGUGCCACAAAUAAAUUCCAGUGAAAGCUCAGGGGGUACUUCAAAUGAAAGCAUUCCUCAAACUGCCACACAACCAGCCAUUUCUCCAGCACCAAAGCCUACCAUCUCUAGAAUUGUUUCCUCAGCAUAUCUAUUAAAUCCAUCACCAAGAACUUCAGGAAAUGUUGCAACAAAAAUGCCUAGCCCUGUCACAGCAGUGAAAAGGACGUCUUCUUCCCAUAAAGAAGAGUCUCCCAAGAAAAUGAAAAUUGAAGAGGAUGAAAUAAGUGAAGAUACUAGCUGUAUAGAUUUGAAUGAGCAUGAAAAAAUGGAAACUAAGGAGCAACUUGAGACAGAGGUGAAUGUUAAUUCUCAAACAGAAACUCUUCAGACAACUUCUCUGCAAGCUCCUCAGAAAACACCAAGUACAGACCUUUCAGAUAUCCCUGCUCUCCCUGCAAAUCCUAUUCCUGUUAUCAAGAAUUCAAUAAAAUUGAGAUUGAACCGGUAAAAACAACCUCAGGGGUCCAUAAACAGUAUCUGCCAACUCAACCUGUUGUCUUCUAAUGCUAGAAAAAAGGAGAACGGAGGGUGCAAGACUAGAACAUGAUCGCAAAUGGAUUUAGGUAUAUUUUGUGCACUUCCCUUUCUGGGCUAAAAUCACCACUUGAUUGGAAGUCCAGGUUAGUAUGUGAAGCCAGGAGUACAAUUAAUGUGUUAGCAACAGUUGCAUUAAAUAUUUCGAAGGAUUACUGCCUUUAAAGUCAUGAACACUAUUUGUAGCCAUAUUUGACAUUCUGGUUGAAUUUGUUUGAUGAAUUGUUUCAAAAUUGAGAUAAAACUGGCAUAAGAAUCCCUUAAAUGCACUUUUAUGUACUUUUUUAUUGGAGUAUGACUAAUUUUUAGAUCUUCAGCUGAUACACUUUGCUUUAUUGAAGAAUCUCUUCAAUACAAGUGAUCUGCAAAUUGGAUGACAUUCUGUGAUAUACUAUACACUUGGUUUUCAAUAUAUAGUAUAUCUAGUUCAACUGCCAUCGAGCAGCAAUAAGCCUUUAAAAUGAAAUGUCAAAUCCUGAGGUUAUAAGACUUAUGUUGAGGAAUUAAUUGGGAAGUUUUGGUAUUGGUGGGACAUGAUUAAGAUGUGGUCUAUUUUUAUUUAUAGGAUUGUUUUAAGGUGCAUACAGAUCAGCAAUGAAACAGUAAAUAAACUUUCCUUUGAGCUGAUCCAACUCCUUUUUCCCUUUUUUGAUCCCUUUGUUUCUUGGGAAAAGCUUUUGCAUUUAAUGUUGGGGUUUUUUUGCAGCUUGUAUGCACCACGUAGGACAAUAGUUACUUAAACAAAAUGAAAACAAGC